AGAGUGCGUUCUGAGUCAAUUCCCUCUCUCCUCCAAUCGAAACAGAUCGAUCGAGAAGCCGGCUAGAGAGGGAAACAUCUAGAGAGAGAGAGAGAGGAGCUUCGCUCGCUGGAUUGGCGAAGAUGGUGAGCAAAAUGGAAGAAACCCAAUUGAACAGGCUUGAGAACCAGGUCGAUAAUGGAGGAGGAGGGGCCUGGGAGUACCUCUGCUUGGUCCGAAAGCUCAAGGUCCGCCGCUCCGAGAAGGUCUUGAAGUAUGGCCUCUCGAUCUUGAACGACCUCAAAAAAAGAUCCAGUCUCGGCACGGAAGAGUGGACUUUGUAUGAGCAAGUGGCAAUUGCUGCCAUGGACUGCCAGUCUCUUAAUGUUGCAAAGGACUGCAUUAGGCUUUUACGCAAGGCAUUUCCAGAGAGUAAAAGGGUUGGUAGGCUAGAGGCUAUGUUGCUAGAGGCAAAGGGAUCUUGGGCAGAGGCAGAAAAGGCUUACUCAAGCUUUUUGGAGGAAAAUCCACUCGAUCAAGUGAUACAUAAGAGAAGAGUGGCUAUGGCAAAGGCACAAGGAGACACCUCAGGGGCCAUUGAGUGGCUUAAUAAAUAUCUGGAAAUAUUUAUGGCUGAUCAUGAUGCAUGGAGAGAGCUGGCUGAAAUCUAUGUUUCGUUGCAGAUGUACAAGCAAGCUGCGUUCUGCUAUGAGGAGCUGAUAUUAUCGCAACCUACUGUUCCUCUUCACCACUUGGCUUAUGCUGAUGUGCUUUACACUCUUGGUGGAUUGGAAAACCUUCAGACCGCAAAAAAAUACUAUGCAUCUGUUAUAGACUUGACCGGGGGCAAGAAUGUCAGAGCACUUUUUGGUAUUAACCUGUGCACUUCUGCCAUCGGACAGCUUGCAAAAGGAAGGAACAAGGAAGACAAAGAGAGCUUAGAGCUACAAUCACUGGCGGCAACAGCAUUGGAGAAACACUACAAGCAGAGAGCUCCUGACAAACUUUCCCUGCUUACGACCGCUUUGAAAAGCUUGAAAGUUUCAUCAUAACUGCUUAAUCUUCGAAGAAUCUUCAUAUACCAAAACAGGCGAGUGGUGACUUGGUGCCGGAUGGCUUUGGAUUACAAGAAUCUCAUAUCUAGUUAUGUUAAAUGAUUUUUUUUCGUGUUUCGACUUGUUUGUGUCUUUUUUCCGAGUCCUUAAUAAGAGGACGAUAUGUAUUCUUUAGGAUGGCCACAGUGGCUAACUAGGAAUGUAUGAGUAAGACCCGUUCUUCCUUGUGGAAUAAAAAUUUAUUUUUAUCCAAA